AUGGGUUCCUCACCGAUCACGCUGAGGGCUAUCAUUGGCUUCCUCUUCGUCUUUGUCCAGCUCGCUUACUCCUUAAAAUUUGACCUUGUUGCCACCUCCGGCGGUGGUAAGAACGAGCGAUGCAUUCGCAACUUCGUCUCGAAAGACCAGCUUGUCGUUGUCACAGCCACUGUUGGUGGAACGAAGGGUGAUGGCCAGAAGGUCAACAUUCAUAUUAAGGAUGCCAUGGGCAACGAAUACGGACGCCCUAGAGAUGUUGUUGGCGAGACGCGCCAGCUGUUCACUUCGCCCGCGGACACGGCUUUUGACGUCUGCUUCGAGAACAUCCUUACUGGCUACAACAGCAUCUCAAACCCUAGCCGCCCGAUUGAACUCGACGUCGACAUUGGCGCCGACGCCCGCGACUGGAACAGCAUCCAGUCCCAGGAGAAACUCAAGCCCGUUGAGACGGACCUUCGCCGUAUCGAGGAGAUGGUUGCCGAUAUCGUCACCGAGAUGGAGUACCUGCGUGCGCGUGAGCAGCGUCUGCGUGAUACCAACGAGAGCACCAAUGAGCGUGUGAAAUGGUUCGCCUUCGGCACCAUGGGUAUGCUUGUUGGGCUCGGUGCUUGGCAGGUUGUCUACCUGAGGGCUUAUUUCAGAUCUAAGCACCUUAUCUAG